AUGCCAAAACGGAAGCUGCUGGUCGACCCGGCGCUCGAGCACUUCCUCGGAAAAUACGAACCCCAGGAAGACGAACUGCACCACAGUCCCGUGCUCGCCUCAUCGCUGGUCCCACCUUCCACCAGCGACAAUGGGGGCAAGCUGAUCUGUGAUGUGUGCGGGGACAUUGCUUUCGGCAAGCACUACGGUAUCAACGCGUGUAAUGGCUGCAAGGGCUUCUUCCGUCGUUCCGUAUGGUCGCGUAGGCAGUACACAUGCCGGUUUGGCGGCGACUGCCCGGUGGUGAAGGAGCACCGGAAUGUGUGCCGGUCGUGCCGGCUGAAGAAGUGCUUCGAAGUUGGCAUGAAUCCGGAUUCCGUCCAAAAUGAACGGGAUCGGAACGCGCGCUGCGGAUCACAAGCCAGGAAGAAGCCGUCAGUGGACCAGCAGACUCAGACGGAAUGCACCGGUACGAGCCCCAGCAUGCAAACCGCCUACAUGGACAAGAUGAUCAAGAUCGAGCGCGUCACCACGCCGUCCGACCAUCUCAACGAGGACCUCCCCACGCCGUGCUCCGUCGAGAAUUGCCGGUUAGCUGAGCAGCUGCUCCAGCUCGAGCACCAGCUCACCCACUCCAACAACAACACGGCCGACUUUGCGCCAUUCUCCCCGUCGCGCACCGAUUUGCCGUUUGAGGUGCUCUUCCGGCGACCUGAACUCGUCUGCUCCCGAUAUCCGAUGCGUUUCAGCGGGGAACGCGUGUUGACCGUCGACUUGUUGAUUGACGGGUGGCGCCGCCAUUUCGUCUUCUACUCGGACUGGGUGCGCGGGCUGGAGGACUACCAGAUGCUCAGCAAGGACGACCAGGACUGUCUGGCGCGCCGUCGAUUGGUGCACCAUGGGUGGAUAAGCCAUGCCCUCUAUUCGGCCAAAGCCCCGGUUACGGGGCUCUGCUUUGCCAACGGCGCCUUCCACCCGUAUGGCGACAGCCUCAAAUACUACAACCCAGACCCAAAGAUCGAAGAAUUCUACCGCAACUCGAUCGGCCGUUUCGUCAACUACCUGCUGCAGCCGAUUCGGGCCCUGGAGGUGGACGACACGGAAAUGGUGCUCCUGAAGGCCAUCAUAUUCUUCGCGGAGAAGACGGGUCUCUCAGCGGACGGAAAACUGGCCGUCGGCCGGGCUAGGGACCGAUACAUAAACGCCCUCUAUGCGCAUAUCAGACGAACCCGUGCCGAUGGGUCUGCCGCGGCCACCGCUCGGCUCACGCGAAUCUUGCUGUUCAUGAGUACAGUGACGAGCCUCUGCCACCUCAUGAACGAAAAUGUACAAAUGUCCGCCGUUUUCUACACGAUCGACUUCGACCAACUUAUCAAGGAAAGUCACAACGCGUCGCCGCCGUCGAAAUCUCCGCCACCCCCACCCCAGACGUUCCCUCCUUUUUUAUCCACAAACCCCAACAACCAUCAGCCAAAUAAUCCCUUCCACUUCCCAGGGUUUAUCGAACACGGGAUGGUG